AUGAAUAGUUCAUUUCCUUUUGUUGUUCCCAAACUAACAAAGGGACAUUGGAGCAUAUACAUGAAGGCGUUGUUCGGCUCACAAGAGGCAUGGGAAGUUGUAGAGAAAGGCUAUGAUGAACCAGAGAAUGAAGGAGCUUUAAGUCAAGCUCAAAGGAAUGCCUUGCAAAGGUACCACAAGUUAGAUCAAUACGCUCUCUCUAUUAUUCACAUGGGCUUAGAUGAAGCCAUGUUUGAGAAAGUUAUGUCCUCAACAAAAGCUAAGAAUGCUUGGGAGAUUCUCGAGAACAAUUUCAAGGGAAUUCAAAAAGUGAAAAAGGUUCGUCUUCAAAUCCUUCGUGGGAAGUACGAAUUUUCGCACAUGAAAGAGUCUGAAUAUGUCUUUGACUAUUUCACUAAAGUGUCCUCCAUUAUCAAUCCUAUGAAGCGGUACGGAGAAAAUAUUGAAGAAAGUCGUGUCAUCGAGAAAAUUCUUAGAUCACUUGACUCAAAACUUGAGUUUGUUAGUAUUGACAUUGAAGAGUCUACUGACUUGGAUACCAUGACCCUUGAUCAACUCAUGGGGCCCUUGCAAGCAUAUGAAGAAAGAUUGAAGAAGAAAGGAGAACUGGCGGCUCAAGUUCUCCAAAUGAGUGUCUCCUUGGGAGGCCAACAAAAAGAGCAAAGACGAUCUCAAGGAAGAGGUCAAAUUCAUGGUUGA